CACCAAUGAUCUCCUAAAAUGAAGCUGUAAACUUGUCUAAUGUUCAGACUGGUGGUUUAAUGCCCAUAUGAUGAUGCUCUAUGAGACACAAGAAACUAGAAGGCAAGAGGAACCUUCAUUCCAUGAUUCUUGAUUAUUUUAUUACUCCAAACCAAAAAAGCUGCCCUUUCACACGGAUAAUAAAUAAUGUAUGGUUGCUAUAAACAGAUUUAAAUUUUUUUAAUGGUUAAACCUUUUUUCAUUCUGCAACUACAUUAUUUAUUAUUAUCUAAUCAGAGUUAUGUAUACAGACUUGCCUUGCCUAUUUAAGCACUCAUCAUAAUGGUUGAAGAAUAUGGGCCAGCACUAAACUCCUCUUUCUUCUCCUUCUUCUUUGUCUCUUUCCUCUACACGUUUUCAGUUUCUAUCUAAAGAGCACAAACCAAAGAAACAAGUCAUAUAUACUCUUAAAUUGUUCUUACUGUGAUGUGGGCAUUGUUCAUUUGGGUUUCUCUGCUUCUCAUAACCAUCACACAUUGGGUUUAUAGCUGGAGAAACCCCAAAUGUAGAGGGAAGCUUCCACCAGGUUCAAUGGGCUUCCCACUACUCGGCGAGACUAUCCAGUUCUUCAAGCCAAACCCAACUUCAGACAUCCCUCCUUUUAUCAAACAAAGGGUUAAGAAGCAUGGACCAAUUUUCAAGACCAAUCUAGUGGGGAGACCAGUGAUUGUAUCAACAGAUCCUGAUCUGAGCUUCUUUGUGUUUCAACAAGAGGGGAGGUGUUUCCAGAGUUGGUAUCCAGACACUUUUACCAAUAUCUUUGGGAAAAAGAAUGUGGGUUCAUUACAUGGGUUUAUGUACAAGUACCUUAAAAGCAUGGUCUUGACUCUAUUUGGCUAUGAUGGUCUCAAGAAGAUGCUUCCUCAAGUAGAGCUGACUGCAAAUAAGAGAUUAGAGCUUUGGUCAAAUCAAGAAUCAGUAGAGCUUAAAGAUGCAACCGCAAGCAUGAUUUUUGAUCUCACCGCAAAGAAGUUGAUCAGCCAUGAUCCAGACAAGUCAUCAGAGAAUCUAAGGGCAAACUUUGUUGCUUUUAUUCGAGGACUGAUCUCCUUCCCUUUUAACAUCCCAGGCACAGCUUAUCACAAAUGUCUUAAGGGUAGGGAAAAUGCAAUGAAAAUGCUGAGGAAUAUGCUACAAGAAAGGCGUAAGAAACCGAGGAAGAACCCAAGUGACUUCUUUGAUUAUGUCAUUGAAGAGAUUCAGAAAGAGGGUACAAUUCUGACAGAGGAGAUUGCACUUGACUUGAUGUUUGUCUUGCUAUUCGCUAGCUUUGAAACAACUUCUCUCGCUUUAACUUUAGCCAUCAAGUUUCUUUCAGAUGACCCUGAAGUUCUAAAGCGUUUAACGGAAGAACAUGAGACUAUUCUGAGAAACCGGGAAGAUGCAGAGUCUGGACUUACAUGGGAAGAAUACAAGUCAAUGACUUACACAUUUCAGUUCAUAAACGAAACAGCAAGACUAGCAAAUAUAGUUCCUGCAAUCUUCAGAAAGGCCUUGAUUGAUAUAAAAUAUAAAGAUUAUACAAUUCCAGCCGGCUGGGCGGUGAUGGUCUGUCCUCCAGCUGUACAUUUGAAUCCAGACAAGUAUGAAGAUCCUUUAGUCUUUAACCCAUCAAGAUGGGAGGAAUCAAAGUCUAACAAUGCAUCUAAGCACUUCAUGGCGUUUGGUGGUGGAAUGAGGUUUUGUGUGGGAACUGACUUCACCAAGUUGCAAAUGGCUGUAUUUCUUCACAGCCUGGUUACAAAAUACAGGUGGGAGGAGAUAAAAGGAGGGAAUAUACUACGAACUCCAGGAUUACAGUUUCCAAACGGUUACCAUGUCAAACUCCAUAAGAAAGUAGCCUAGAGAAUGUUAUAAGUAAAACAUAUAUAAGUUGGUAGGAUAAGCUUUUAUACAUUUUUCUUAAGAUCACAUUCAUCUUUAACACCCUAAGUUAAAGGGUGGAAGAUGUUGGGGUCUUGCCUUGAAUCCAUUUGUCUUAAUUAGCUGCAAGGUGAAUACACAAUUUUGAUUUGAAGCAGUAGUUUCUUCUGUGUGUCUGGUCAUAAACUGUAAUAAUGUGUAGUAUUUGAUCACAUGCAUGUAAAAAAAGACUACAAGUCAAUGAAAUUCCUUAAAUAAGUCAUAUACUUGUAGUGAAUGAAUCAUCGAUUUUUAUACUUGUUCAAAUCUACAAAACUUGCAGAAUCUAUAAUCUAACCUGCAGACAACUUCAACUAUGUAGAUACAUAUCUGAAGCUGUUAAAUAUUAAGUCCCGGUAAUUCAGUAAUGUUCGGUUAAAAUAUUAACCAAUUUAAGCUUCUCAAU